UCAUGAAGCUGCUCACCAAAACUCUUUUUUUGUGCUUAGCUAUUUGCCUCACUAACGGCGCCCCUACGCACCACGAACAUGCAGCAGAAGGACAUGGAGGCCACCAUGCAGCUCUGCCAGACCGGUGUUCAGGGCUUGAAUUUGAUGCAAUCGUUCCUGAUGAGACAGGAAAAAUGUUCUUCUUCAAAGGUGACUACGUGUGGGGCGGCUUCGGUGGUGAAGUUCAUCUCGCCAAUGAGACCUUCAAAGAGCUGGAUGACAUCCACGGCUUAGGCCAUAUUGACGCCGCCUUCCGUAUGCACAACACAGAGAACCCAGAUGAACACGAUCGUAUGAUUUUACUCCUGGAUGACAAGGUGUUCAGCUACUAUAACCAUACCCUGGAGGAUGGGUAUCCAAAAGAAAUCCAGGAGGUCUUCGCAGGAGUCCCUACUCAUCUGGAUGCUGCUGUGGAGUGUCCCAAAGAACAGUGCAAGAGCGACUCGGUUCUGUUCUUCAAGGGACAUGAUGUGCAUGUCUAUGAUAUUACCACAAAGACAGUGAAGACCAAGACAUGGUCCCACCUGCCUGUCUGCACUUCUGCUAUACACUGGCUGAUGCAACACUACUGUUUCCAUGGACACAACUUCACCAGGUUCAACCCAGUAACAGGAGAGGUGGCCGGAGAUGGCUACCCGAAGGACGCCCGCAAUUAUUUCAUGACGUGCCAAAGCUUUGGCCAUGGAGGUGGUUAUAAAAUCCCUAAAUGCAGUGAAACCAAAAUAGAUGCCAUCACCGCUGAUGAUACAGGCAAAACGUAUUUAUUUGCAGGCCCUAUCUACAUGCGUCUGGACACCAAGCGUGACGGCCUUCACGCCUUCCACAUCACCAGGGCGUGGAAGGAGGUGACCCAUGGGGUGGAUGCUGUCUUCUCCUACACUGAUAAAAUCUACUUGAUUAAGGACGAUAAGGUUUACAUCUACAAAGGAGAUGGUCAGUACACGCUGAUUGAAGGCUACCCUAAAACCUUGAAGGAAGAGCUCGGCAUUGAGGGACAUGUGGACGCUGCUUUUGUCUGUCCCAGUGAACACACGGUUCACAUAAUCCAAGGACACACGAUGCAUGACGUCGACCUCACUGCCACGCCGAGGGUCGUGACCGAAGAUCAUGCUUUGGCCUUGCACGAUAUCGAUGCUGGUCUGUGUGGUCCAGAGGGAAUUGAUGUGUUCAAGGGCUCAGAGUAUUACCACUAUGAGAACGCAAAGGCACUGGCUGAUACCACAGUCUCCCCUUUGUCUAAACCUAUUACCUCAGCAAUGAUGGGAUGUCGGGAUUAGUAGUCAGAGAUGGGAGAAUAUCUCACAGUCAUCUGCUUAUACAGAGGAAACAAGAGACAGGGAGACAGAACACGCAUCAAAGUAAACUCUUCUUAUCAGUUAUUCAGAGUGGAUGAGAGAAGGUUAACAUCAGGAAUCAGAUAGAGAAAGAUCUGGAUUUGUGGACCAAUGCAGUGCAAUAAAGUUCUAUCAUUGAAGAAAAUAAGUGCCCCAUUGUCAUACAAACAGUGUGGAAUGAAAAUCUGACUUUUGUUUGAUGAAUAAAAAGUGGGAAAGAAAACUGUA